AUGGCUGCGCGACCAGGAGAGGAAAAUGUUGCGACACUCUUCGCAGACAUUCAUUACUUCUAUGGCCCCGAUACUGUGAAGCCCAGACAUCACAGGUUCGAUAAGGGCUCGUACGUCUAUCUUUUUGAGAACGCCAACGAGCGCCGAUGUCGCAUUGAAAUUGCCAACCAGCCUGGUACUGAGGAUCAGGAUGCUUUCGAAGGAUACCUCGAUCAGACACACGUCCGAUACUCCUACAAGCAACAAUGCAACGUCACUCUGACCGGACCUGAAGCUGUCGCGGACCAAAACGAAUGGCACUUACCAACUUUUGAUCCUCAGAAUCAAAACAAAUACCACUAUAAGCUUCACUCACUUGACAUCUACUUCUGGACCCAGACAGAUGCGCUCCAGUUCGUUAAUGGUGUUAGAAGAGUUGCUCCACCUUCACACGUUGAAGUCUUGGAUGAGCCUGGCCCGCCUCCUCAACCUGCGCCCAUGAGCUCUGUGGUUCAACAGUUGGAGAACGUUGCGAUCUCAGAUCCCCAAUAUGGUUCAGCCAGCGCUCCGAGCUUUGCGCCUCCUCCUAACGUCCCCGCCCCGCCUCCGGCUCCGCCCUCCGAGGCACCGGCCAACUUUGCUCCGAUGGCUUACAACCCGGCCGCCCCAGCGGCUCCGGAGACGAUUCAGCAUCGAGAAAAGACACCGCCUCCAGAUGAGGAUCCACUCAACCCGCUUGCUGUUGCUGUUGCGUAUGAUUAUCACAAGCAGCCUUUCACACCGGGUAUGCCUCCGCCAUCACAAUUCCCUCCAGGAGGUGUGACAAGCCCUGGAUUGCCUCCGCCUCAAUUUGGUCAGCAUCCUGGAUUGCAAAGAGCUGCUACAAUGCCUGCUCAAGCAUUGGGAAGUCCAUAUGGCGCAACAUUUCCAGGUUCACCUGGAUUUGUAUCUCCCCCGCCUCCUCCACAAACUCAACCUCCAGCCCAGACUCAACCCCACUCUCAACCAACACCCCCAGCUUCCAACCCAGGACUUCCUCCACCACCUCCAGGAGGCUUCACGCAGUACAAUUAUACCCACCAAGAGCAGCAGGCGCCAGCUCAGCCAGGUGCAGAAUAUUCAGUCCAUCAGCAAGUUUACCGUCCGACGCAAACAGAAUUGGCCAAUUCCGAAAUCUACUCGUUUACACCUAAGACGAAGGAGCCACGAGGCAAACUUGAGGAGAAUGCGGGACGAUUGGAACGUGGUGUAACGGGCAUGUUGAAGAAGUUUGAGAAGAAGUUUGGAUAA